CUACCUUUCGGAAUGAUGGAGUCGGGCUGCGUCGGUCCCAACAAUCCAAUCCAAUGACUCCACCGCCAACGAUCAGUCCUUGAAUCGAAGGCCAGAAGGAAUUGGUGUCUGGCCACCCUCUCUCGCAAACAUCCCCAUUGCAGUCAAAUACUCUCAUGGACAACCUCACUCAGAUGGCAGACGCCCUCGAAGACCGCGCUGGCGCUGGCGCGCUGGCCACGGCGGAAUCACACCAAACUCUCCUGCCUUGUGACGCUUGCAGGAGGAGGAAAGUAAAAUGCUCCAAAGAAGAGGUCUGCGAACGGUGCAUAUCGGCAGGACUGAGGUGCACAAGAGAGAUUGCGCGAAAGAAGAGGGGGCCAAAGAAGGGAUCAGGUUCUGUUCUCGCAAGAUUGCGAGACGAAAGCCAGGCGACCUCGCCAUCAGAACAAACAUUCCCACCACUCGACUUGCCCCAGUUGCAACUACAAAUGCCAUCUUUCAACAGAGCCGUGACAAACGACAGUCCUUUGGCCUCGUCGUUAAGCUCUCCCACCAGUUCGUAUUUUGGCGACACGUAUGGCCCGACCUCGGGACCGUCGGCUGUCCCUAGAUCUGUUCCCAUCAUUCAGAAUGGCACAGAAUUUGAUCCGACUUCGCAUACCGAAUUUGCGCAAGCAGGCAUUCAGUUCCCAGCAUCAUGGCAGAUGCAAGCGUCGGAACUUCUGCAGUUCCAAACCCCUCUUUCGCCCCAUGGAUACAUGUCAAUAAGGGAUCUGGCUCAAGAAAUCUUCCAGGAGACGUACCCUCCUGUUCCGCAUACAGUUCCUCCAAGGUCGAAUGCGCAAACCCCGUCAAGGGCUUCGACCCCUCUCACCAAGCCCACUUCCCUCGAGGCUAUAUUGAAUCGUGCUCCCACAAACGCUCCCUCUCCAACUUUCACCACCACGAGCUCGCCGAUGCCACUACAUGGACCAAAAUUUUUGUAUCGAAGCGACUCUGGAGAUCUCCAAAGUCCACAUCAGAUACAAGUAUUAGCAACAGAGUUCGAUUUAUCGGCCCGCCUUAUGACUCAGUGCAUUGCGCAGUAUUUCAGACACCUCUACCCCAUACGACCUACGAUCCACGAGGGCUCAUUUAUUCAACGCCUCAAUAGCUUCGAUGAAUUAUCUAAUGAAGAGAAAAUCUUGAUCUUGUCAAUUUGCGCCAACACCGUUCUGCACGCGGCUCCCCAGUCAGAUCUUCCGUUGGAUAGGAAAAUGCAACUUGGAAAGCAGUUCGUGGAGUUGUGCUUUCUUCUUAGAUGCCAAUAUGAUUGGGCAGAGUCUGCUACACUUCUGUCAAUACAAGCCAGUUACCACAUUUGCGUUGCGCUGUUCGAACUCAAAAAGCCUCGGGCGCAUGAUUUGUACCUCCGGGAGGCCAUUUCUAUGGCCUUCGAACAAGGCCUACACCUCGAAUCCACCUAUUUCGGCAUGGAUGAGAUCCAGGCGAUCUGUUCCAGACGGACCUUCGCCUUGCUCUUCAUCACAGAACGUGGCCUCGCCAUCCUCCGCAACAAGAUCGCCCAAAUUCCCCGCUUGCCAAUUCUCUCCAGCGAAUAUUUCGAUGAGCAGGACGGAAUCAUUCUGGCAGGAUUCUCCGCCCUGGUCAAUCUCUUCUCUAUCCUUGACGAGAAGUUUGUCCAGCUCUGGAGCACCACUCCCCUUGAAACCGCAUCGUCGGGGUACGAGCCCUACGACAACGUGGCGGCAAUCCAACACUCACUGAACGAAAUGUCUUUCGACCAUUUCGCCAUGACGGACAUUCAAAAGGCCGACGUCCUCAUCACGCACCAGUGGUUGCGCUUAAUCUUCUGGCAAGCAUCCAUGCGCCAGGGCCUGAUCAGCUACAGCGCCGCCGACCCCAUCUUCUCCUCGACCUACCCGAUCGCCAUAGCGAAGGACCUGUGCGCCGCGAUCGGCGACUUGACACCCAACGCGAUCCUCGUCCACGGGCUCGGCAUCUUUGAAAAGCUGUUCGAGAUCGCAUACACGCUGAUGGAUGCGCUGACGAUCGCCAACACCAACUGGUCGGACAGCGAGGAGCUCCGGUGUCUGUUCGACCUGCUGAGCGCGAGUCCCAACAGUCAGAGCGUCUAUGUGAGGAUGUUGCGGACCAAGAUCGAGGCUGAAAGGAGUCCCGCUGCGAGCCCACCUCACCCGGGGGCGCAACUGAUCUAGGUCUAUUAGAGUAGAGGGCAGUGUUAGUGAGCCAAGGUAAAACAUCCCCGGGGACAGGGGUUGGACGAGGGAUGGUCGACGCAGAGCGACAAUACCAUGCCCCCUGAAGUCAACGGAGCACAUUUAUACCCCUUCAUUUUGCACAUGCUUGUACAGUCGCAGUGCCGUUGGCAUCACAACAUCCAGAUAGCACAUGAAGGCUUUUUUGCGCCACAGUCUGCG